AUGAGCGGCUCUCACUCCAGCUCUACGGGCAACAACUUCACAAACGAGCGAGAGGAUCCUCGAGUCGCAGUAUACGAUCCGCAUGCUGCGGAUUGGGAGGACGAUGAGGAAGAUGACGACAUGAACUAUGUCUAUGCCCCGCAAGGUAGCGACGACGAAGAUGAUGAGGAUGGGGACUAUCAUGAUGCUCCGGAAGACCUUAGCGGCGUAGAGAUAGAGUUCGAGAUGACCGAAACGGACGAGCAAGAGGGAGAAGUCGACGACGAUGAGGAAGAAGAAGAAGAAAAUGAGGAUAGAGCACCAGCGGUCGUGACCGGACUGCCACGGCCAAUAACCAUCACACAGGAGCAGUUAAUGCGAUUACUGGGCCACGCCGGUCUAACCCGACUUCUCGCCCGAGGCCACCCAUCUCGCCUCCGCCACUUUUCAGGAAUAGAAGACGAAGAUGAUGAUAGUGAACCUGAUACUGGAUAUGGAGGGGUAAAUCCGCGGGCGAGGCGGGGCCGUGGGAGGAAAGCAUUUCAGAAGGUCCCGAGCGAUGAAGGCAGGGCACUUAUGGAGUCGGGAAACUUUGGAUCAAACACUCGUCGGGAGGACACAAUCACACGAAAGAAGAAACUGCAGUACCGGAUCAUGCGAAGGGAACUGGGCCUCGGAAGCACCGGACGACAGAGCAACAGCAAUCAUCAGAUGAGCCAAGGCUUAAUACCAUCCUCGAAGGCGGAUAUAAUCAUAAACUACAACGCUCGUUGCUACUCUGGCCAGUUCUCGAAUGACGGAAACUUCUUCUUCUCCUGCGCCCAGGACUUCAGGACCGUUGUGUAUCCUUACGGCCAAUGGACCAUCACUGAUGCCUCACUGAGUCCGGACAACCAAUUUUUAGCCUAUAGCUCUAUCCGCAGUGUUGUGUGUUUAGCCGCGACCGAUCCAAACCAAGAGUCCGAACCUACACUUCUAGAUUUCGCACAUCUGGGCACACGCCAAAGAGGUGGUUGGAGAGCUCAAGGUUUCUUUGGGAUUUGGUCAAUAAGAUUCUCAGGCGAUGGCCGCGAGAUCGUGGCAGGGACAGGCGAUAGUUCCGUAUACGUUUACGACAUAGAGCGACAGCAGUCUAUCCUCCGCAUUCCUGGACAUUCCGAGGAUGUCAACGCUGUCUGUUUCGGCGACUCUCAAUCACCUCACAUAUUAUAUUCCGGCUCGGAUGACACCACGCUCAAAGUAUGGGACCGAAGAAGCAUGGGCGACGGACGGGAAGCGGGUGUGUUCCUCGGCCACACCGAAGGUCUGACGUAUGUCGAUAGCAAAGGUGACGGAAGAUACGUUCUCAGCAACGCCAAAGACCAGACAGCAAAGCUAUGGGAUCUCCGGAAAAUGUUGAGCAAGGAGAAAGCAGAUCAGAUUGACCCUGGCGCCUAUACCACUAACUUCGAAUACCGGACCAACGCUUACGACGAUAACGACUACCGACCGCAUCCACAUGACUGCUCCCUUGUAACGUUCAGAGGCCACAAGGUGCUAAAGACUCUUAUUCGGUGUCACUUUUCGCCACCUGGGAGCACAGACUCGCGAUACGUCUACUCCGGGAGUUACGACGGCUCAGUGUACAUCUGGAACCUUGACGCUACGCUGGCUGGGAAGGUAGACGUCCUGACGGCGACUCGAAAUUCACGGCCAAGAGAUCCCAGCGUCCUCGUAGAGACGUACGAUUUCAUUGGCAGGAAUGGAGGAGCUUGGCAAACCUGCGUCAGAGAUGCCAGUUGGCAUCCUGAUGCUCCCGUCAUUGCCGCAACCUCAUGGAAUGGCUGGGGUAUCUCGAACGGCACGUGUACGGUGCACUCCUGGAACGACGGCGUGGACGAAGAUGAGGCUGAGCCGAGAAUGGGCAAAAGGGUGAAUGCCCAGCUAGAACAUGAUGAUCGCCUCUACGCCGCUCCAACAUAUAGGAGCACGAGAGCACGGCGAACGGUUAUCAUCAAUGACGAUGACGAUGACGAUGACGACCCUGAUUGGUUUGGCGAGUAG